AUUUUAUUUUCAGUGGAGGAAGCUGUUCUUGGAUUCCACCUGUGGAAGCAUGGAACAAAGAAGUCGGAAGGGGACUUCCAUACGGCUGGGAAGAAGCCGUCGAUAACGGAGGCAAAACUUAUUAUAUAAACCAUGUGAACAAGACGACGACCUACGAGGAGCCAGUCCUGGACUGGAGCGAAGAGCCACCCCAACCGCGAUCCGUCAUCCUGACGCGGCAUCCAGAGAUGGGGUUCGGAUUCGUUGCUGGUUCAGAACGACCGGUUAUAGUUAGGUUUGUUACCGAGGGAGGACCCAGUGAUGGGAAGCUUCUCCCAGGUGACCAUAUACUUGAGGUCAACUCAGAGGAUGUGAGUUGUGCUCCGCGAGAUCAUGUCAUCCAGCUUGUUAGAGCUUCGAAAACGUCAGUACAACUUGUGGUUUGUCAACCUAUUCUUAUUAAUUCAUUAAGGAAAUCUGCAAUAUUGAGUUCAGCUAAAAAAGCCAAAUUAAAAUCAAAUCCUUCGAGAGUUCGAUUUGCCGAAGGAGUCGUCGUCAAUGGGUCACCACUCUUUCCAGGUUGUACAUUGAGUGGAGGUGACUGGGGUUCAGGAACAGUUCUGCCAAAUGUUUUAAAAGUUUUUCUAGAAAAUGGGCAAACUAAAUCAUUUAAAUAUGACAGCAACACAACAGUUGGUGAUGUUUUAUCUUCACUUCAGUCAAAGCUGUGUCUGAAAGAAACAGCCCAUUUCGCACUUGUUUUAGAGCAAGUUAAAACUCUUAGGAGGAAUAAGCUGACUUUGUUAGACCCUAGGCACACACUGGCAAGAGUUGCUUCCAGACCAGGGACCCAUAAUUUACGAUGCCUUUUUAGGGUAGCGUUUGUCCCUAGUGAUCCUUGUGAUCUCGCACAAAAAGACUUAUCUGCUUUUGAAUAUUUUUACUUACAGUGCUGCAAUGAUGUAGUGCAAGAAAGGUAUGCCCCGGAAUUGAAAUAUGAUGUGGCUCUAAGGCUUGCUGCAUUACAUAUUCACCAGCACUGUUUGGCAAAUAAUAUCCAACCAUCUAAAAUUACUGUUAAAUCAGUAGAAAGAGAUUUUGGGCUUGAAAGGUUUGUUCCGAGCUCUUUAUUAGAAACUAUGAAACGAAAAGAACUGCGGAAGGUAUUGACUCAUCUCCUCAAGCUAAACUACACAAUGACAGGGACUAGUCAUAAGUGCCUCACAGCGCUUCAAGCAAAACUGUAUUACCUGACAAUAAUCAGCCAGUUACCAAGCUACGGAGCUAAAUGUUUUCCAACCAAUACCAUGGUCACCGAUUCUGACACUACUGUUGAGAAUGUGAUAUUAGUGAGUCCGAAAUUAGGUAUAAGUCAAAUCACUGGACUUAGGAGCAAUAUGCCUAUUCCAGUAGCAGAUAUAGAACAAUUGAGCAUGGUACAAAUACAGAAAGAAGACCAUUUGCUUUCUACUGUUGCACUAUUCUUACCUUCUUCCCACAAUAAGGAACUGAGGUUUACUGUUGAAGAAAGGGAUGCAGAAGAACUAGUUUUAGUUUUACAAGGGUAUUUUAAGCUUUUUACAGCUAAAGAUCUCCCUGUUCACUCAGAUCCAGAUGAUUGGAUUAUAGACACAGCUCCCUUGUACCAUUCUCAGCAUAUAGUAAGGCCAGCUGUUUGGUCUUACGGACCUGAAACUGACCAAAAUGAACCUAGAAUGGUUAACUUUGCCAUACCUCUUCACACUCUAAGCCAGUCUUCUAGACAGAUCAAAGCAAAUGGAAAUGGCACCUUGAGCCGAAACAACAGUAGAGUCAUACGCAGCAAUGGUGUCGACAAUAAUAUGAAUGUGCCUGGUAAAGUGAAAGACCGGAAUGGCAUGAAACCCCUGUCACCUGGUAACAACGGUAUUGACUUCCACAGUGUAGUCUCAAUGGAAAUCCUUGAGCGAGAUGGUUACAUUGAAGCCCACAACCCUGAGGUUAUGCGGAGGGUGGCUGAGAUGCAAGCUAUGGUGGAGAGCUCUGAAGAGUACCUGUCUAAGCACCAGCGAGAGGGAAGCGAUUCUCACCUCUCAGUAGACUGUGAUACACCCGCUCCUUUAAAACAUUCCGAUUCCCUUUUACUUCUUACUCAGGGCCAAAAAGAAAUUGAAGAAUGUGUCAACGAAGCAUUUAAUUCCUUAGAUGUAGGCGAUACUGAAAGUGACACAGAUUCACUGACGACUAGUCCUUCACACAAUAGUAUAGCUAAAAACCCCAAUCGAGAUUCUGACUCAAGCUUUGGUCUACAUAGUCCAGAUACUCUUUCAACUUAUGAAGCAUUGCAGGAAGUUUGGAAAAAAGUUCAAGAAACUGGAAAUUAUGAAUUGCCUGGAGCGACUCUAUGCCUCGAUCCAGAUAUAAUAGAUCUCACUCUCCUUCCUCCCCCUGCCACUCCUGAUAGGAUCACUGUUGGAGCGGAAGAACUUCUAAGUCUUGGCUUGGAAGAGUUCUUGGAAUCAACCAAGGUUGUACCUCCUCCGCCAACUACUGUUGUUGAUCCAACCAUCAGCCUUACCACAGAGCAAAUAUCUGCUUUUAUAAUACCACCUCCUCCACCCCCAUCUAUGGAUGAAGAUGUUUGUAAACAAAAUGGAGUAGCCUGUAAAGAAGACAUCAAAGCCUGUUGUGAAAAACAACCAGAAAGACCUCCAAAAGUAUCAUAUAAAUACCCACCACCUCUUCCUCCCAGAUCCGAUUCGUUUAUUCGGAAACAGGCUGAUGCUGACGUUAAUGUGGAAGCACUUAAAAUAACGACUGAUUUCAGCGACCGCUUAAGUUUAGCGCUAGCUCAAACUGACAGAAAUAUUAAUAAAACUCAGGAGGUGAAAGAUAUGCUAGGAUUGGAGUUGAGAAGGUUGGUCACUUCAUCCAAACUAUUGGUUAGGAGUCAUAAAUGUGCCAAUACCACUUUAGAAGCAGGAGAUUACUACGGAAAUCUUCAAACAGUUACAUCACAGCUGAGGAAAGUCGUAGAAUAUGGUGUAACAAUGGAACCAUGUUUUGUUUUGGGUGUGCUAAAGGUAGUGACAGAAGUCCAAGGUAUCAUUGUAUCAGAAAAGCAGGAGGACUUGAGCGGCGGAGCUGAGCGGUUAGCCGGUGCUCUAGCCUCGCUCAUCAAGCACUGCCACCCAUAAGUGUCAUCAUUGCUGUUAACUUGGCAUUCUUUGGAAAAAUCUUGUCAUUGUAAAUAAAGAGUUAUGCCAGUGAUCGCCUUCCUAGCUUUAGCAUGGAGUGCCAUAUUUUUAUCAGCAAUAAUCGAUUUCAACACAAAUACCGUCCCUAGUUAUUUGAGGGGAAUUAAUAGUAAAACAGCAGUUCUCUUCUGAUUUAUAUAGUCAGUUUUGAAUAUGCGUUAAAAAUAUAUAUAUAAAUAAUGGAACCAUGAGGAAACUGUAUACACUUAAUGACCAACACGUUUAAAGAAUUUUUAGUUAUUUUAAGAUGUUAAGUAGAUAGUACUGUGUUUAACUUUAUGUAAUAUAAUCAUAAUGAAGUGAUAUGGACUAGAUAAUUAUAAUGAAUAAAUAUAAAAAUAUUUUAUUGCUCAGAAAAUUAAUAGAUAUUGUGAUUCCAUUACUUGUUUGGAUGUUAGA